CCCAGCUUUUGGAAGCUACGCUGCCACAUCCUGGCCCUGCCCAGACGCACCAGGAGCACCCCACACUCCUGCCCGCUGCGAAGCCCCGCCCCCCCAGCCUCUGUUAUCGCUUGAACAAACCCUGGGUCGCUUUCUUCGGGGGGCCAUCACUCUGGGACCCUCGCCACCUCCAUCUCCCCAAGACCCUCUCCCUCCCGCCCUUAGGGGCAGCAGAACGGUCCCCGCUUUCCUGGCCCUGACUUUGAGUGGGACACCUGACAGGAGCAAGUGCUGGGGAGGCUUGGCGGGCGCAGCAGAGACUCGCCCUAGCGCAGCUCCGGAGGGGCCCGCGGUAGGACAACGAGCCAGUGGCAGGGGAGGCCGUGGAGAUGGCCCAGGAGUCCUCCGCUUCCCCGCGCCGUGCCCGGGAAGGACCCCUGGGCAGCGGCCACGGGGCGCGGGGCGUUGGGGGGCACAGCCCCGGCGCCGCGCUGAAGCAGCGACGGCACGGGCGCCCCACGGCGACGGUCUCCAUGGGGACCGCGGGCGCCAGGAACACGUGGGGCCUGGAGGGAGGAGCGCGCCCUGGCGGCCCCGUGACCCCGCCCACGUGACGGGCGCCCGCGGAAGGCGCCAUGGGUUCCGCUCCCUGGGCCCCGGUCCUGCUGCUGGCGCUCGGGCUGCGCGGCCUCCAGGCAGGGGCCCGCAGGGCCCCGGACCCCGGCUUCCAGGAGCGCUUCUUCCAGCAGCGUCUGGACCACUUCAACUUCGAGCGCUUCGGCAACAAGACCUUCCCCCAGCGCUUCCUGGUGUCAGGUUCUGGACCCAGGGCAAGGGGCCCAUCUUCUUCUAUACUGGGAACGAGGGCGACGUGUGGGCCUUUGCCAACAACUCGGGCUUCGUCGCGGAGCUGGCGGCCGAACAGGGGGCUCUACUGAUCUUCGCGGAGCACGUGGGUGCUAGGCAGGGUCGCGGGCGGGGGUCGCGGAGCGCGUGGGUGCCGGACGGGGUCGCGGGGCCGGGCUCAAUGGCACGUUCCGCCCAGCGCUACUACGGGAAGUCGCUGCCGUUCGGUGCGCAGUCCACGCAGCGCGGGCACACGGAGCUGCUGACGGUGGAGCAGGCCCUGGCCGACUUCGCAGAGCUGCUCCGCGCGCUACGGCGCGACCUCGGGGCCCAGGAUGCCCCCGCCAUCGCCUUCGGUGGAAGUUAUGGGGGGAUGCUCAGCGCCUACCUGAGGAUGAAGUACCCACACCUGGUAGCGGGGGCGCUGGCGGCCAGCGCGCCGGUUCUAGCUGUGGCAGGUCUCGGCGACUCCAACCAGUUCUUUCGGGACGUCACGGCGGACUUUGAGGGCCAGAGUCCCAAAUGCACCCAGGGUGUGCGGGAAGCGUUCCGACGGAUCAAGGACUUGUUCCUACAGGGAGCCUACGACACGGUCCGCUGGGAGUUUGGCACCUGCCAGCCGCUGUCAGACGAGAAGGACCUGACCCAGCUCUUCAGGUUCGCCCGGAACGCCUUCACCGUGCUGGCCAUGAUGGACUACCCGUACCCCACUGACUUCCUGGGUCCCCUCCCCGCCAACCCCGUCAAGGUGGGCUGUGACCGGCUGCUGAGUGAAGCCCAGAGGAUCACGGGGCUGCGAGCGCUGGCAGGGCUGGUCUACAACGCCUCGGGCUCCCAGCACUGCUACGACAUCUACCGGCUCUACCACAGCUGCGCUGACCCCACGGGCUGCGGCACGGGCCCCAACGCCAGGGCCUGGGACUACCAGGCCUGCACCGAGAUCAACCUGACCUUCGCCAGCAACAACGUGACUGAUAUGUUCCCCAACCUGCCCUUCACUGAGGAGCUCCGCCAGCAGUACUGCCUGGACACCUGGGGCGUGUGGCCCCGGCCCGACUGGCUGCUGACCAGCUUCUGGGGGGGCGAUCUCAGAGCCGCCAGCAACAUCAUCUUCUCCAACGGGAACCUGGACCCCUGGGCAGGGGGCGGGAUUCGGAGGAACCUGAGUGCCUCAGUCAUCGCCGUCACCAUCCAGGGGGGAGCACACCACCUCGACCUCAGAGCCUCCCACCCAGAAGAUCCUGUUUCCGUGGUUGAGGCACGGAAGCUGGAGGCCACCAUCAUCGGCGAGUGGGUAAAGGCAGCCAGGCGUGAGCAGCAGCCAGCUCUGCGUGGGGGGCCCAGACUCAGCCUCUGAGCACAGGACUGGAGGGGUCUCAAGGCUCCUCAUGGAGUGAGGAGCAGGCUGGCCCCAGCCCUGCCUGUGUCUGCACCUUCCAGGUCCCCGAAGCUCAGCCCACUGUGGCCGGCCCAGCGUGGGGGCUUCACUCAAGCAGCAGCUGGCGGCAGAGGGAAGAGGCUGAAUAAAU